GCCGCUCGAGGGCGAUCUGCGCUCAGCCCGGGUCGGCGGAGGCGGCCGGGUUGUGGUGGGUCGUCGCGCGGCGGUGGUACAGAGCCUGCCCGUGGCUCUCCUACGGGAGCGGCGAGCUGAGCGUGAGCAGGCGCGUGCAGCACGCGGUGCCGCUGUUCCGCUGCUUAGUCCUAACCAGCCUACUCCUGGUCAGAUUUGGUUCUGAGAUCUUAUCCGAUCUUUCUCUCUCGCAGUUUUAAGUUCCGAUGGCUGAACAACGUGAGAACAGUACACAGUGGCCGACUCGUUCCGUAGGUGUCACUGGCCCGAUAGGAUCUGACGGGUGAUUUGGCAGAGCAGUCCUGCACACCGAUCUGUUGGCGCAGACUGCAGUUAACCCAGCUUUUCACCGUUUUGAGCGUAAAGGAGCUUUGCAAAUUGCUGCCUCUGGGCAUCCUAUUGCUGCUGCUGGGAAACGCAGAACCGCUCGGCUCCUUACUGCGACGCAUCACGAGAGGGCGCUCAGCGAGAGCUGAAAGCGCGCCCUGCUGUGUGGGUUCGCUUCUCUGCUGUUCGUCCCGGGAAGUGCGAGGGUGGGUGUGGGCGGAGAGGGCAGAGUAUGGGUGAGAAUGAGAGACUGAGGUGGGAAAUGGAUCAAAAGGUUGAAAGGCUGGGGAAACUGGGAUUGUUUAGCUUGGAGAAGGCUCCAAUGAGACCUCAUUGUGGCCUUCCAGUACUUGAAGAGAACAUGUAAACAGGAGGGGGAGCUGUUUACGAGGGUGGAUAGUGAUAGGACAAGGGGAAUGGUCUUAAAAUGAGAGAGGGGAGGUUCAAGUUAGGUAUUAGGAGGAAGCUUUUCACACAGAGGGUGGUGAAGCACUGGAACAGGUUGCCCAAGGAGGCUGUGGAUGCCCCAUCCCUGGAGGCAUUCAAGGCCAGGCUGGAUGUGGCUCUGGGCAGCCUGGUCUGGUGGUUGGCGGGCCUGCAGGUGGCAGGGGGGUUGAAACUCAGUGAUCAUUGUGGUCCUUUUCAACCCAGGCCAUUCUAUGAUUCUAUGAUUCUAUAAUCAGACUUAUUUGCAUACUUUAGUAACUUCAAACCAGGUAGCUAAUGGAGAGCAUUAGCUACUCGGAAUUAAAACUAAUCAUUUGCUAGUAACUGUUCUGUGAUGUGUGUUUUGUUUAAUUAUGGGCUGAACUGCUUAAAGACCGAGGCAAUAUGAAGGCCUCUGGGGAUCAAACCAGGAGCAAGCUACAGAGUUCUUACUGCAGAACACCGAAAGUAGGAGCUGCUGGUGAUCACACACACCACAGCUCAUGUGAAUGGCAGAACAAACAGCUUAGGAGUUUCUCGUUUUACUUUUUCAGAAGAACUAAUGUUCAAAUCCUUUAAAAGCCCAGGAAUGAACUGCUUAGCAGUGUUUUCAGCUCUCCCAACUAAUGCAGCUAAAGGGAAAGGCGCUCAGUGAUCUGCUGGGCAAAAUGUGAGCCUUCUCCCCUGGAAUUCUGCCCCGUGUGUUUGCUUCAGACAGCAGCUAAUCAGUGUCAUUGUAUGCACUGAAAAUCACAUCCUCUGCUACAGACUUUCUUUACCUGUUGGCUAGGCAUAAAAGCCUAUUCAUUUGGAGUCACAAUUGUUUGUUCACCUUUUAUUAAAAGAAAUGGAAACAGAAAUGCACCGUGAGUGGAUUUUAUCAGAUGUGGCAGAUAUCAAUAGUUACAUAAGUGAAUGGCAUUGGGUUCCAAAGUCCACUGAUGAGAGGUAACCUGAGACAAAGCAAACAUACUGCUGCAAGGUUUUAUUUUGUUAGAAACCAAGCAAAGGCACUUUCUUUCCAUGAUGCAGGCGAUGUACAGAAAGAAUCAUUGCGGUGUGAAUAACUACGAGAACAAUGGAUAAUAAAGACAUGCCAUUACUCUGUGAGCUGAGAACCGACCCUCUCCCAGCACAAUCCAGAACCUCAGUUCUGUACAGGCGUUCCAUGUGUGUAUUUCACCAACGCCUCUGAGCUGUGUGCCAACAGAACCUGUCCCCAGAUGGGGGAAUGUGGGAGGACACAUCCUGGUCACGGUGUGAUGCGCUGCGUUGGGCUUUGGUUGUGUUUCCCUUAUUUCUGUUAACACAAGGAUGGCUGUGGGAACAUGGGAGUACAGUCGAUUCGUACUGUUUUCGUUUGCUGUUUUUCUGCUUGCUUUUGGAAACGACAGUGAGCUGCGUAGAACAACAUUUCAUAAAGUGCAGGGAGGGAGGGAAGCCGGAACGCGGCCAGGAGACAAACCAGCCUCAGACUUAGGAACGCAGGGUGUUACAGGGAUGUUUUGUUGAGUCCCAGCAACGAGAAUACUGCGAGCAUUGAUGUCUGACCGCCCGGAGGAGCAGGGAGCAGUCACGCCGCACGCACGCUGCCCUGCACGGUGUGUGUGCGCAGCACCUGACGCUGAAGCUGCCGCAGCGCUCCCGCCGACGGCCUUCUUCCCUUCGGAGGACGCAGAACGGGAGCCGCGCUGUGCAAACGGACAGGACGGCAGCGUGGCGCCGGGAACGCGGCUCCUUUAAGGACAUACAGGACAUGCUAUUGAUAUGAAUACAUUUUUAGAUGAUCCAGAAUUUGCUGAAAUUAUUACGAGAGCAGAACAAGCUAUAGAGUGUGGAGUUUUGCCGGAAAGAAUCUCUCAAGGAUCCAGUGGGAGUUACUUUGUGAAGGACUUUAAGGGGAAAACUAUUGGAGUGUUCAAACCAAAAUCUGAAGAGCCUUAUGGACAUCUAAAUCCCAAGUGGACCAAAUAUUUUCACAAAAUAUGUUGUCCUUGCUGCUUUGGCAGAGGCUGCCUUGUUCCAAAUCAGGGCUAUCUCUCUGAAGCUGGUGCCUAUCUUGUAGAUGACAAGCUGGGGCUAGGAGUUGUACCCAAAACUAAGGUUGUGUGGCUUGUCAGCGAGACCUUUAAUUACAGUGCAAUAGAUCGUGCGAAGUCAAGAGGAAAAAAAUAUGCUUUAGAGAAAGUGCCAAAAGUUGCUAAAAAAUUUAAUCGAAUUGGACUACCUCCUAAGGUUGGCUCCUUCCAGCUGUUUGUUGAAGGAUAUAAGGAAGCUGACUACUGGCUCAGGAAGUUUGAAACUGAUCCUUUACCUGAGAACACAAGGAAAGAAUUUCAGUCACAAUUUGAAAGAUUGGUUAUCUUAGAUUAUGUCAUCAGAAAUACAGACAGAGGUAAUGAUAACUGGCUAGUCAGGUAUGAAAAGCAAGAUGAUGGACUUAAUCUGUCAGAUAAGGAUAUCCAGUGGACUGUAACUGAAGAAUCUACUAUUAAAAUUGCUGCAAUUGACAAUGGUUUAGCAUUUCCCUUUAAGCAUCCUGAUGAGUGGAGGGCAUAUCCCUUUCAUUGGGCUUGGCUUUCUCAAGCACAAGUUCCCUUCUCUCAGGAGACCAGAGACUUGGUUCUUCCUCGCAUCUCUGAUAUGAACUUUGUACAGGAUCUUUGUGAAGAUCUUCAUGAACUAUUUAAGACUGAUAAAGGAUUUGACAAGGCUACUUUUGAAAACCAAAUGUCUGUUAUGAGGGGACAGAUACUAAACCUUACUCAGGCGUUAAAGGAUGGAAAAAGCCCCAUUCAGCUUGUUCAGAUGCCACGUGUGAUUGUGGAGCGAAGUAGCACUGGAAGUCAGGGCCGAAUUGUUCAUCUGAGUAAUGCUUUCACACAGACCUUUCAUAGCAGGAAGCCUUUCUUUUCCUCCUGGUAGCAACAAAAAUAUGUGGGAGAGAGUAAGCUUCUCUAACUUCGGUAAGCUUCUUCUGUGUAAAGGCUCUGCAAUAAUGUACUUCUGCUGUAUACCAAGAGCUCCAACUGCCGUCACCUCAGAACUUAAAUUCUAAAGACUUAAGAAAUGUAUUUUGAAUGUAAUAAAAGUUUACAAUUUUUGUGUCAAAAUCGUGAACUCAUAUGUCAGGGAAUGAGAAGAACUUGUCCAUACUGUAUUUUUAUAGGCUGAAUUAAUGUAUUCUAAAUAAUACUCAAGGGAAGAUGCACAGUUUGCAUAUGCUGAGAAACUACUUUUAAAUGCAACAAAUUCUUUUUGUUUAAUAUAAAUGUGAGAAGCUAUAAUCUAUCAAUUUCUUUUUAUAUGUUCUUUAAAAAAAAAGUGGAAUGUUUUAUUUGAUUGAGAAAAUGCUUUUUCUUGGAAUUUGCCUCAUAUUUUAAGCUGUUAAUAGAUUUUCAUAGGCUAUUUACUUGAAAAAAAGUAAUGCACUUAAGAAAAUAAAAAUAAUAAUAAUUAAAAAAAUCCUUGACAGACAUGAAAGGGGGGGGGGGGGGGGGGGGGGGGGGGGGGGGGAGGAAGGAUAUGCUCGAAGUAGAUUUUUUUGUUGUUGUUGUUCUUGCACGUUGGGACCAAAAAUAGUUAAAUAGCUUUUAGUUGAAUUACAGCAAAAUUCAUCCCCCGUAAGUAUGCACAGUUUCUACUGUGACAAAAUGAACUGAGUGUACAUUUUGGAGGGUGAAACUUUACCAGUUGCUUUUAGAACUCUUGUAUUGAAGUACAUGUAUGGAUAAAUGUGAUACUUCCUUGUAGAUAGAUUACAACAAAAGAAUUGCACAAUGGUACAGGUUGGGUUUUUCCUUAUAACUGUGUUAAUUUGUAGUCACCAAAGUGGUUCUUCACUAUUAAUGACAGAAGCACUAUUAAUCACAAAGCUAGUCUGCCUCCUGAAUUCCUAUCCAAACACACUGUUAUUUUUUGACUGGAAAAAAAAUCUACCUUACUGUAAUAUAUAGAGCACAUCUAUAAUUGGACCCUCAACAAUGUCGUGCUCAUUUGCCAAUUUUCAUUUAUGUUUAAGUUAUGUGACUUAAGACUUGAUAGUCAUGCUUCUAGAUUUGUAGCUUAUGUUAUAUGAUAAAUGUUUAUUUUCAUAACUUUUCGGACAGUGAAGACCAGGAAUGGGAGAAAAAUUGCUGCUUUUAUGAAAGAAACUUUCAGUAUUUCAGAUAUUGCUGUAUUUUGUAAUUCUAAGCAAUAUUGUUGAACUCAAAUGCUUGUAUUUUAUAUAAUUUUGGAUGUAAAUAUUAUUGUAGCAUGUCAGCAAUUCACAUGAUUAACUGAAGUGUUUAAGCCUUAAAUGUUGAAAAAUAAAAUAAAUGCAACAUGAUGGAAUUCAAAUUAAGACUGAAAUGACCACCUUUAUAAAUUUUCCAUUAUUUGUUUUUAUCCAAACAGUUUAUUAAAAUUUAAAGAAGGUAUUUAUGUACUAGACCUCCUACUGAAGAAAAUAAAUGUUAAAGUCUAAAAUGCA